CUUCUCUCUCUGACCUGUGCCCUUGGCCUCUUGGCCUCCAUAGCCGUGACCUUCGCCACCCAGGGCAAGGCAUUGCUGGCUGCCUGCACUUUUGGGAGCUCUGAACUACUGGCCCUCGCACCUGACUGUCCCUUCGACCCCACACGCAUUUAUAGUUCCAGCCUGUGCCUCUGGGGCAUUGCCCUAGUGCUCUGCGUGGCGGAGAACGUGUUUGCUGUGCGCUGUGCUCAGCUCACCCACCAGCUGCUGGAGCUGAGGCCCUGGUGGGGGAAAAGCAGCCACCACAUGAUGCCGGAGAGUCCAGAGCCGGUGGAGAGCCGUGACCUGCUGAGCUGCACCAGCUCGGAGCCUCUGACCCUCUGAGAGAUGAUGCCUUGCCCAUGGCCACUGGGACCCACGGCCACUAGGACCCUGCAAACAACUCUGCUCUGUGACCAGGCCAGCAUUCCUGGAGCUGGCCUG